AUGUACCAUCUCCCCUCUUCUUGUCUAGUCUUGUUCUUCCUCUUUUCCAUGUUUCACCAUCUUCCUUGCACUUCAAGUCAACAAGAACUUGGGGGGUGCGAGUCUCAGUUUCAUUGUGGGAACAUCACAGCUGGUUUCCCCUUCUCAGGUGCGAAUCGUCCCAAAGCUUGCGGUCAUCCAUCACUGGAGCUUCACUGCUUUAAUAACAAGGCCUCUAUAAUCAUCUCAAACCAUCUCUACGAUGUUCUCCAUAUAGAUCCAAAAUCUAAAACUCUCAUACUGGACCGAUCAGAGCUUCGAGUCUCUUUUUGCAAUGCUACAUUCACAGCCGCAACCUUGCCUCCUGAAAUCUUUGAGCUUUCACCAACCUACAAGAACCUCAGUGUCUUCUACCUCUGCAACCCUAAGCUUCCUUACCAUUCGAGCUAUACAUGUCCUGGUAAAGGUCUUAUCUCAGUAUCUCAAACCCUUGAUUAUCACAAUUCUUGUGAUGACAGUUUCACAAUUAACGUUCCUAAGAGCUUUGUUCCAGAAGAGAAAGAGUUAAACAUUACCAAUUUGGAAAGUGCUUUAAGAGAAGGGUUUGAUGUGAAGCUGACGAUCGAUGAGAGAGCAUGUCAAGAAUGUUCAUCAUCUCAUGGAAUCUGCAGCUUCGAAGAUACCACACAGCCAGUGAGUUUCACAGACGCUGCAGUCAACCGUUUAGUUGCGGCAAUCAGAAUGAUCUCUUGUACCCUCAACUUCCUUCAAUGGGGUACCCGUUUAGUUAUGGAUUACUGGCAGAGAAGAAUGCGGCCACCCGGAGUACAAGCUCGAAUGGAUGAGAAACCUUUUAAACGGCUUCAUUGGAUCGUGCGAAAGAAACGUCAGUAUUCCUGCAUCUGGACCAGCGCUGAAUACACUGCAAAAGCAAUCCCAGUCAAGAUAAUUUUAGAAAAGCUCUUUAAGAGGGUUUCGAGGUUGGACAAAACCGAGAAUAUCAGAGGUGCAUGGACUCUAGGGGUGCCUGUGGUGGUUAUAUUCAGACUUCAGGUGGAUUCAUCUGCUAUUGUAUAG